CAACAUCUCAUUUACACCCCCAUCUCUCAUCUCGUGAACCCAUUACCCAUCCUCAUUCAUAACUAGAUAAGAGAAGAGACCUCUUCCUUUCUCCCUUUACAACCGACAACACCACCUCCCUUUUAUUAGACCAUGCCAACUCGAGUUCAACAGAGAAAAGCUCAACCUCCUGUAAACACUCUUUUACACCAAAGCCUUGGAUCAUAAAGUUACCUGAAAGUCGAUUCAAGAGCCGGGUUCGACAAACAUAAGCUACCGGCCGACAAUUGGAGACCAUUUGUUCCAGUGUUCUAUCUCGUCCAUUAGGUAAGAUCAACGAAUUCCCAACUAUUUCUGUUCAAGUUUCGGACUGAGUAGUUAGCUAACCGAUGUUUGUUCUAAGCCGUAACUACAACGACGAAGGUGUGGGGUGGUUAAAUGACGAUCUAAGCAAGGAAUAGAGAUCCAACUGACCCGGAUCUAGUUCUAGGCACGCAAAGAGGUCGACAAGGCGAAUCAUCUCCUCUAGAGCAUGGACCCUUUGAGUUGGUGGCUAAAUGAUCAGGUCGACCGACUUAAGCUAAUAAGGAAUGAUAGAAGCACAUAUGCACGCAUAUGGAUUCAACAUCAUUGGCUCAAGUGCACUCCAGAAGGAAGAAGUUAAGUUCAGUACUUUAGUGGGACUAGAGGCUUGAUGUGAUUUUACGAUGAUAUUUAUUACGUCAGGAUGUUUCAAACCAUGUUGACUUUUAUGUCUACUGUUUUCUUUAGUACGACGCUUCCGCUAUCUUUCAAUGUAUUUAAUGUUCAUUGACUCAUAAGAGUAUUUUAGUAAAAGUAGCACCAUGUCGGGUUAGGGUGUUACAUCCGGAGUCGGUCCUUCCACCUCAAGGGAUCGUCUAGUGGAGUGGAUGGAUCGCCUCGAGACUCACGUUGUGGGAGUCACCACUCGGCACGACUGCACCUCAUAUUUGAUAGAGAGGAUGGCUUGAUGCCAGGGUGUCCUUCAGGACGAUGAGUUGGGUCCUUCGACCUGUGAGAGGUAGCCAACGAGUGAGACAUGUGGCAGAGCCGAUUUCUUUCCUUCUCCACUUGGAACUCUGAACUCUUUUAUCCUUUAUUUUAUUUUUUGUCCUUUUAUUCGGUGUUUGUGUGUGUGUGAGCAAUUAGUACUACUACUAUCGUAUUGUUAUGUGUAAUAACCUCAUCUCGAGCGAGAAUGUGUGUGUUUGUGUUUGAUUUUGUCUUCUCCUUGAAGAUCCAAUCUCCUACCCCGUAAAAAAAUUCCAACUUUCACUCA